GUGGGGUGUAAAAAUGUCUGAAUUCCAACCCUAUCUCAAACCUCUGAGGAAGCAAGGGGCAAAGGGGGUACCUCCACCAGAGAGUCUGCACUUCUGUGAUCAGAGCCAUCAGCUGGCCCAUGGUGGCAUUUUUGGACUGUGGUGGUGAGAAGGCGCUGAAGGCAAAGGGGCAGCAUGAGGAAAAUGCCCCCUAAGGAAUGGCCUCUUCCUCCACAGGAUCUCCUCCAGUGGCCACUUGACUGGGAUUCUGGUGGGCAUGGGCCGUGCACAGGGACCAAUCCAGAAGUUUAUUUAUCCCAAGACACCUUAUCACCCCAAACCCACAGACCCACAGAGAAACUAAACUUUCAGCUCCUGGGAAAUCAGAAAAACCCCAAUGUUCAGCGGUCGGCUCCUGGGAUUAUUUGGGAAGGAAGAGAGCAAACCCAGUCCUGGGUAGGAAGCGGUGAGACAAGUGCUGGAAGGCGAGAGCCCGAGUGGCGAAUGGCGGGAACUGAAAGGAGGUGUUGCCCUAAGGAUGGCCGGACUUAGCCGCCCCUGAUCUCCAGGACUGCGGAUGCCGCUGCCAGCGCUAUCAAGGCAGACACAGUUCCAUUCACUUGCGCCUCCCAUGGUCGCUUUCCCCAGCAGUCAGCUCAAGUCAGUGGAGACGCCCCCACACGUCCCGCUCCUGCCAAAGCCCAGUACAAGGGGGCGGGGUGGAAGCCGUCUCUCCUAGACUUCCCAACUCAGACUCCGCUUCCAUUGCCAGGCGUCCAGCGCCCGGGUCGCGCGAGGGUUAACCCCGCGGGGGUGGGGACUCCGGAGCGGUCGGAGGAGGGAGGGAAGGAGGGAAGAGGAGGCACGGGGAACCGCCAGGGUCCAGUCUCCGAGGCCUUUGGAGACCCGGGUGUCACAGGCCAUCGGGCAGUCACUGGGCACACGCUGCGCGCAGCGAGGGGCCACUGCAGACUCCCCGCUCUAAACUUCAAGUCCGGAGCAGGGGAGAGACGCUGGGUAUCAAGACAGAUGUCAGCCACCUCUACCCCACUUCUUCUGGCCUUUCCCCAGCCGUCUCGGCCCCUCCUCCAGCCAUUUUAUAGCCUGUGGUCAGGAAUGAACCCCAGAGACGGCGGCCCCACGGCAACCCCGGAGUGCGAAUUGACCGACGUGCCCCUGGGUCCGCCGCCUGCCUGGGCCUGGCCGGCUGACGUGCGGCUCUGCGGCCACCUGCGGAAGCAGAAGUCCCAGCGCCGCCGCUUCUUCGUGCUCCGCGCUGACCCGCCGCGCCUCGAGUGUUACCAGAGCGAGAAGAAGUUCCGCGCCGGCCGAGCACCCCCCAAGCUUACCAUGAGCCUGGGGGGCGCGUGCACCAUCAGCAAGCGCAUGGACGCGCGCCAGCGCCACCUGAUUGUCCUUUACACGCGCGACUGCAGCCUGGGCGUGGCGGCGGCCAGUGAGACGGAGCAACAGGCGUGGUACAGCGCCCUGCUGGAGGCGCGCGCCGCCGCCGAUCCCAGUUCCCACGAGGACCCCGGGACCUGGAUCCUCCCUCCGUUUCAAGACGUCUGGCCUGUGACGCUGCGGCCCAAGGGGCUGGGGCGGACACGAGGUCUAGGAAGCGGUGGCUACCGACUGUGUCUGGGUUCAGGGGUACUGAGCCUGCUGCGGGAGCCCAGGGGCAGAGGUUCCAGGGACACCCAGGCAUCACCACCGCCAGCCCUGCGCCUGUCCCUGCUCAGCGUGCGCCGCUGUGGCCACGCAGACUCCUUCUUCUUUCUGGAGCUUGGUCGUUCGGCGCCCACGGGUCCCGGGGAGCUGUGGCUACAGGCGCCCGAUGCUGUGGUGGCCCAAAGCAUUCAUGAGACUGUUCUGGCUGCUAUGAAGCGACUCGGGGACGGUGGUGUGGGUGGCAGGGCUGAACCCCUGCCAAGGGAUCCUCUGACAAGUGCCCCUAGGCCGUCAUCUGUCCCCCAACCUCAUGAGACCCCAGUCUCUGAGGCCCCAUCAAGCGGCCUGAGCCAUUGGGGGUGCCUGGGUAAGAGGAAUGAGCCUGCAACCCUAGAGAGCCUGGCAUCACUGGGGGCGGCAGCCUCAUACCCUGAGGGGUUGGAGCAGGGUGGGGGCCACAUACCUGUGGGAGCUGGGAGUGAUUACCAGUCCAUGCAGGGCGAGGAAGCGGGUGGCUACAUGGUGAUGGCAGCCCCUGGCAUUCCGGCUGCUGCCAACACCACUGCCCAAGAUUGGGAGGGCACUGAAUACAUGCCCAUGAGCCACGUUCCGCCAGGGUCCUUUUCCUUGAGUUCCCUGCCCCUUUCCUACAAGCCUGGGUAUCCUGGACACUGGCUCCAAGGCCCCUAUCGCGGCAUUGGGGACAGCUGGGGUGCCGCAGGGGCUCAGCCCUGCUUGCAGUCACCAUCUGAGCUAGCGGGGGAAUACGUGUACAUCGAGUACCCAGCCCCAGACUAUGUAGGAAGGGGAACUGCCAUACCGGACCCCCCCGACAGCCACCUCAACUAUGUGGACCUGGACCUGGUCCCUCCUCUGGAGGCGCAAGGCAGUGCCCCCGGGGUCAGCACACACUGCCUGCACAGCUAUGCCAGAAUCCAGUUCCAGAAUGACAGGGAGGCAAGGGAGAGAGAGCCCGCCGGGUCUAGCUGACAGGAUGGACCAGAGGCGAGGAAGAGAAAAUAGGACAAAGUUAUAAAUGUCUUCCCACCUGUUUCCAGGACUCAGGGGCUCUAAGGCCCAGAUACCCCCUAGGACGUGUGACCACAGAGGCCUUGAGCUGCCCCUUACAGCCUGCUGCCCACUCUGUCCAUUCCAGCUGGGGUGCCUAGUAAAUCUUCAGGAGGAGGUUCCCCAAGAAGUUGGAUUCUUUUAAGAGAAAAUUCUAGAACCCCUACCAACAAGGAAAACCCUAUGAACUUCUGGGCUUUCUCAGCCAAAGCCCUGACCCUCUCUGUUUCCCCACACAGUUCCUGCGGCAUUAGUCCACAGUCUGGGGUCAGCCCUGGCCCUUCACCCUGCCUCCUAUGAGAACUCCCACAUGGACCUGCCCCUCCCCCCACCACACACACACCUGCAGUGCCGCUGAGUGUCUCCUCCAAGGCAAAGAACUAACCUCCAGUCCCAGAGCUGAACUUCUGGGGCCCCAGCACAAGAAGGAUGAAAGUACCAGGUAUCUCGCUUUUUAGUGCCCCCCAAAAGUCAUGUGCUAUCUCCUUACUCCCUAAUUUGCCUCUCCCAAUGCCAGCUACAUGCUCACACAAUCCUCCCUUCUGGCGGGCCUGGCAAAGCGGAUGGAGUCCUUGCUUCUUAUGUACUCAGUCUGGGGGACUGUACUGUGGAUUCCCCCUCAUUAAA